AUGGCGAGCGGCUGCGCGGCGGCGGCGGCCGACCCGUCCGGUGGCCCGCGGGAGCCGUGCUGUGUGACGGCGGGGUGCUCCUGGCCCUGCGCGCCGCCGGACGGCCUGGCCCGGGCACUCUGCCUGCGGCGGGACGCGGGCGGCGGCGAGGCCAGCACCGAGGCGGUCGUCGUGGAGAGGCGGACGGGCGGCGGGAGCGAGGCGCCCUGCGUGCUGCACCUGGAGUGCCGGCCUGCCGGCGCCGGGGAGUUGGUCUCCGUCGGUAUCCUCAGCGAGGCCCGGAACAUGGAGGUGUACGUGGGCGAGGAGUACUGCGGGACCGGCCGCGGCGAGAGCCUGGGCGCUGCCCGGUCUCCGGGUGAAACUGAAAAGGUUACUUUAUACAAAAAGUACCUUAAGUUCGAAUGCCCUGCAGCCUCCUGUAGAAUUAAGCUGCUCUCCAUUGGUGAGAAACAAAGAGUACUCAUCAGUAAAAUAAUUGUACAAGUGAAAACAGUGUCUGCAAAACUAGCAACUGAUUUUCCUUCACUAGGCUCGAGCAUAGAUCUAGCCAGAGUGCAAACUAUAAUGGAAUCUAUGGGAUCUAAGUUGUCUCCAGGUGCUCAGCAACUCAUGGACAUGGUCCGAUGUCAGCAAAAAAACAGUUUACCUCUUGGAGACAAACUUAAUUGGAUCUUUGGGAAAAAUUCAAACUUUGGAGGUGACCACGCAAUAGAUGGAUUGCGCAGUGCAGCUAUUCAGACAUCACUAGAUCAAUCAGCCAGUGAACCCUUGCCUGUUAAAAAUCAUUUAACAAGUGAAACAGUAUAUAAAGACAUAAAAAUAAGUCAUGAUCUGAAUGCACAAGUACCUGAAGGAGGGAAUACUUUUGAUUCUGAAAGACUUACUACCCAGCAAAACACAGUUGACCUCAGAAAUGAUUUUAAAGUCAUGGGAUCUUUGCAUAUGCAGGAACAAGCGAGCGAAACCCCAAAUGUAGCUAAUGCACAGGUGCUGCUUCCUUUUCUUCAAAACUUAUGUAGUCAGGUAAAUCAUCUUCGGCUAAAAGACGGCAAUAGGCAUUUUGGUAAAAACGCAGUGACUAAAGAGGAAGGCAUUCAGUGUGUUGGAGUAGAACAACAGCCUAUUUGCUCCUAUUUGGAAAAGAUCAUCUCAAAAAAUAUGGAUCUGAUGGAGAAAAAACUAAUGGACUAUAUUGAUCGCCAAAUCCAGGCUCUUCAGACACAUAUAGAUAAUAAAAUGGUUCUCUUGAUGGACUUGGUUCAGAACUCAAAGCCAAACAAAAUUUCACAAGUGCACUAUAAUUCUAACGAAGGGUUCUCUAAUGGAGAGAGAUAGAUGUAUAUAGAUAUAGGACUUCAACGUAAGUACUUUUAAGGGCAAUUAUACUUUACAAAGCUUAGUAUUUAUGGAGUUGUAACUGUAAAGAACCUCAGUGUCGUUGACUUGCAUUUUGUUACUGUAAUUCUAUCCACUAUUGUACACAGUUGUUAGUUUUAUGAAAGAUCUUAAAAAUGUGUGUUUUUUCCCAAAUAUAAGAAUUUUGUAUGCCCUUUGUGGCUUAUUUAUUUAAAGAGCAUUGCUAAAAGCUGUAUGAAACAGUUUCCCAGUUUCAAUUUGAACAAUGGAGAAGUACUCUAAAUAAACUGAGUUACAGCUUAUCUUUUUACCUACAUGUAAUCAGUUCACUUUUUGUUGUCUUGAUUUUUUUGAUGUGUAAUGUGUUACCAGUAGAACGGAACGUA